AUGAAUGUUAAAACCAUGGGAGGUGAUGGAGGUAGCGAUGGCGGUGACGAUGGUAGUGGUAGUGGUAGUGGUAGUGGUAGUGAUAUUGGGGGUGGGGGUGGUGGUGGUGAUGGUGGCGGCGCUAGUGGUAGUGAUAGUGAUUUUGGCGACGAUUUUAGCGGUUACGACGAGGAUGGUUACAACAAGGAUGGUUACGACGAGGACGGUUACAACAAAGACGAUUAUGAUGAGGACGAUCAUGAUGAAAAUGGUUACAAUAAGGACGGUUACGACAAGGACGGUUAUGACAAAGAAGGUUACGGCGAGGACGGUUAUGACAAGGAUGACUACGAUGAGAACGACUGCGAUGAGGAUGGCUACUUUAAGGACGAUUAUGACAAGGACGGUUAUGACAAAGAUGGUUACGACAAGGACGGUUACGACAAAGAUGGUUACGACAAGGAUGGUUACGAUGAGGAAGGUUACAACAAGGAUGGUUACGACGAGGACGAUUAUGACAAGGACGGUUAUGACAAAGAUGGUUUUAACGAUAAGGACGAUUAUGAUAAGGACGGUUACGACAAGGACGAUUACAACGAUGACGGUUACAACAAGGACGGCUACAACAAGGACGACUACCACGAGGACGGUUACUUCAAGGAUGAUUACGAUAAAAACGGUUACGAUAAAAACGGUUACGACAAGGACGGUUACGACAAAGAUGGUUUUGACAAAGAUGGUUUUGACAAGGAUGGUUAUGACAAAGACGGUUAUGAUGAAGACGGUUAUGACGAAGACGAUUAUGACAAGGACGGUUAUGACAAAGAUGGUUACAACGAUGACGGUUACAACAAGGAUGGAUACGACAAGGACGGUUACGACGAGGACGAUUAUAACAAGGAUGACUAUGACAAGGACGGUUACUUCAAGGACGGUUACGAUAAGAACGAUUAUGACAAGGACGGUUACGAUAAGAACGGUUAUGACAAGGAUGGUUACGAUAAGAACGGUUACGAUGAGGAAGGUUACGACAUGGAUGAUUAUGACAAGGACAAUUACAACAAGGAUGGUUACAAUCAGAAUGGUCGUCACGGUGUUGGCGAUGGUCGCAAUCAUGUUGGCAAUGCUGAUAAUUGUUGUUGUCGUACUGGUGGUGUUGGCGGUCAUGGCAAUUGUGUUGGUGGUGCUGACGGUUCUGAAGGUAUCGAUAAUGAUGAACUUGAAAUUUCUGAUGAGGGCAAGAAGAGACCAAAUACGUUUGCUUCAGAAACUCCUUCCUCUUCUAAGAAAGUUAAGAGUGUCACUAUUGAGAAGACUGAUAUCAUAUUUCUUUUUCAUAUAUGUCUACAUAUACACCGGUUUUUUGUGAAGGAAUAUGGGUUGCAACAACAUAAGAAGGUAAAGUUAGGGAUAUUGGCUUUUACCGUACUCAUGUAG